GCGCCUGCUCUUCAGCGCCGAGGCGCCGGAUAUUGCCUCUUUUGCCUUCUGCCCAAGAUGGCAGGCGAGAAGAUGGCCGGCGAGAAGAAAACGAGGAGGGUCCGGAAGGUCCACGCCAGCCGCAAUCCGGUACUGGCCCGAGGGAUCGGGAAAUAUUCCCGGUCGGCCAUGUACGCCCGGAAGGCCAUGUACAAGCGGAAAUACAACGCGCCGGAGACAAAGAUAGAAAAAAAGAAGAAAGAGAAGGAGCGAGCCACUGUCACAAAGCCCGUCGGGGGUGAUAAGAACGGAGGCAACCGGGUGGUCAAACUCCGCAAGAUGCCCAGAUACUACCCCACGGAGGACGUUCCCCGCAAACUCCUGAGCCACGGCAAAAAAACUUUUGCCCUCCACAAGAGGCGGCUGCGGGCUUCGAUCUCCCCAGGAACAGUGGUGAUCCUUCUCACUGGCCGCCACAGGGGCAAGGAAAUACGAGAUUGCGGAUCAGCGCAAGGCAGACCAGAAGACUGUGGACUCUCAGCUUCUGCCCGUCAUCAAGAAGGUUCCUCAGCUCCGGGGCUACCUGCGUUCGACCUUUUCACUCUCCAAUGGAGUUUAUCCUCACAAAUUGGUCUUCUAAAUAGUCUGGAAAUUCCGCAGUAAAAGUUUUGGGAGGAAAAAAAGUA